AUGGUCUCUGAUCACUAUCCUAUUCUUGUGAACGACCAUGAGUUCCUGGGAGAGUCGGUUUUGGACGAAAAAUCGGUUCUGUACUUUCGAGAAGAUGAGCGUUUGAGUCUGAAGUCCCAGAACAUUUCGAGUGCGAUGGUCCAGGACGACCUGGACGCUCUUUUAUCUCUGGGGAAAUCCAAGGACGGGUUUGUGAAGCACAAGCUGAGACGGCCUGUGUGGCUCAAAAUUCUCAAAAAUAGACUGUCUUUGGACCACUACAGCGAGCAGGGAAAGGAUGGAGCAGAACUCGCCAAACACUCAGACGAACACCAGGUCUCGCUUGACGUCAGGCGUUCGUUUGGCGACAUACACGACAGCGCUGCCAAAACGUUCCUACGCCAGGCCCUUGAACAAACAGUUGUUAGGGUGCUUAGGACAUUCCCUCUGCUCAACUACUACCAGGGGUACCACGACGUGGUCGCCGUGUUCGUACUCGUGUUCAUGCACACUCAUAAGACUGAGGACGAGGUGGAUUUGAGCGACUCCACCACCAGUGGGACUCCUUCCAGUGAAAGCUCUGAACAUCACGAAACUUUGAGCUCAAGUUCCAUAUCGACAAAACUCUCGGAUGACUCAGUUCUUUUUAUCGACAGCGAGCAGUUAUUCGAAUCCGUUGCCAUUUUUACGCUACUGUAUCUGCGUGAUUUCAUGAUGAACUCUUUGACCUUCACCAUCGACCAGCUCGCACUGAUCCCAAUCAUAGUCAAGAAGAAUGACCCCAUUUUUCACAAAACUUUCCAAUUGCACGAAAUCGAUCCAUUUUUCGCACUUUCGUCGGUACUUACACUGUUCUCCCACGAUUUAAGGCCCCAAAGUAAUGAAUCUUUGAGUAUCGUUUUCCAGAUUUUUGAUCUCGUAAUCGCUUCAAACUCUAUGUUGGUACCUCUGACCAUCUACAGCAACCUGCUUCUAGCUAAAAAGGAGGAUCUUCUUACUAGACUUCAUGAAAAUCUGGAAAACUUCGACAACGAUACUGACCUGAUUCAUGGUGUUAUCCAGCAAGAGAUGAUCGUCGGUUCCAGUAUUCGUCUUUGGAACGAGGUUUUAGAGGCAACAAGGGCUUCUGCUGAUACAAUUUCAGUGGAGGUGAAAAAAACCGUCAACAAAUAUAGCGUCUUGUUGACAGACUCUCAGACACCUGUUUCUGUCGAUGACACAUUAAACUGGUUGACCAAGGAAAUUCGCUUGAACGAGUUGAGAUUAGCGCUAGGGCAUCGCAACAGCAGUGCAAAAAAUACGCCUUCUAAGACUUCGAAAUGGAAGGCAAUGCCCAAUCGUCGGGGUCCUUUUCUGGUUAGAAUGUCCUUAAUCGUGGGAAUUGCUGCAAUCUUGUUAAAACUAUACAUGAGGUCUUUUGAAGGCCACCAGGGCUACCAUUUAUUGCCCCUGAGGUCUUGUUUCGACCAGGUAAGAUCUCUAAAGUUCGCAGGGUUGCAAUUGCCGCCCAAAGUAUGGCUGGAUCCACUGAAAAAUGUUCUCAAGAAUAUCGGCGGGCCCUUCAAUUCUUAG